AUGCUGCUCCGGCCCCGACGGCCUCCCCCACCCGCCCCGUUCGCUACCCCCGAACCGUCGUCGCCGGUCAGCCCGGACCACGAGCCGUGGCCGGCCAGGGACCCCCCGGGAACUCCGCCCGGCGCGCUGGCGGCGCCGGUGUUACCCGUGUCGCCCGGCUCUGCACAGCGCACGCCCUGGAGCGCCCGGGAGACGGAGCUGCUGUUGGCCACGCUACUGGAACCCGCCGUGUGGCGCUCGCUGCUACUGGACCGCCGCCAGGCGCUGCCCACCUACCGCCGCGUGUCGGCCGCGCUGGCCCGCCAGCAAGUGCGGCGCACGCCCGCGCAGUGUCGUCGCCGCUACAAAUUCCUCAAGGAUAAAGUUCGCGACGCGCAAGGCCAGCCCCCGGGACCCUUCGACGCGCAGAUCCGGGAGCUCAUGGCGCUCCUGGGCGACCACGGGCACAGGCGCGGCCGCCGCCGCUCCCCAGGACCCGGACGCCCCCCGCGCGGCCGCCGCCCGGCCCCGAGCGCGCCUGCGCCCGCCCCUAACGAGCCAGACGCCUCGCCGCCGUUGGCCGACCGCGACCCCGACGCAGAACACACCUGGACGCUCAGGUUCAGCCCGUCCCCUCCGAAGUCUGCAGGCGCACCACGCGCCCCCGACUCCCCGCCGCCGCCGGCACUCGGCCCAGCGGCCACUUUCACCCCCGCCCGCGCCCCUACGCUCUCCCGCGCUCCCAGCUCCUCGUCGCCGGCACCAACCCCCACCGAGGGGUACCCGGACCCGCUGCCUGGCCGCCCUGGGGAGCGCGCGCCCCCUCGCGCUCCCUCGUCGCUGAACGACGCCCUUCUGGAAACCCUGGGGCACCUGGGUCACAUCGCGGCCACCCUGGGCCCGCUGCGAGACCAGCUGCUGACCCUGAACCAGCACGUGGAGCAGCUGCGCGGUUCCUUCGACCAGACCGUGUCCCUGGCGGUGGGCUUCAUCCUGGGAAACGCCUCUGCCGAGAGGGGCCUCAUGGGGGGCCUGCGGGAGUGA